CAAACACCAGCCCACCAUUCCUCCCAAUCCAGUGCAGAGUCACCAAAGUCGCACGGGCACGACACGACGACCAGCACCAUUUCCCUCCUGAAACCUCUCUCGCGUCGAUCGCUUACAAGCAAAGUACACUUAAUUCUCAGUUCCACUUGCUAACAUGGCGGACACCGCCACAUCAACCUCAACCCCGACGUCUGAAGAUAAGGGUCCGUCGAAGCGUGCGCUGGAAAAAGCAGCAAAGAAGGCGGCCGCGAAGGCAAAGAAGGCUGAACUUGCUCUCCGACCGAAAGAGAAGUCAGCCAAAGCCCCGAAACAGGCAGCUGGAGAGCCGGCAAAGCCUGCAGGCAGCAUUUUCGGCGAGGGUUGGCUCAAGCGUGUAUACGAGGAGAAGCCGGUUAAGGACGUCCGCACACGUUUUCCACCGGAACCCAAUGGCUAUUUACAUAUCGGCCACUGCAAGGCAAUUGCAGUAAACUUUGGAUUUGCUAAGUAUCACAAGGGAAUCUGCUUCCUGCGAUAUGACGAUACGAAUCCGGAGAAGGAGGAGGAGAAGUAUUUCACGAGCAUUCUGGACAUUAUCAGGUGGUUGGGUUUCGAGCCGUAUCAGAUCACGCACAGCAGCGACAGCUUCGACCGGUUAUAUGAUCUGGCUGAGGAAUUGAUACGGAGGGACGGUGCCUAUGUGUGCCAUUGCUCAAGAGAGGAAGUGAACCGCCAACGUGGAGGCCCAGACAACCGCGGACCGCGAUAUGCCUGCGAACACCGGACUCGCCCUAUCGAAGAGUCAUUAACCGAGUUCCGUGCAAUGCGCGAUGGAAAGUACAAGCCAGGGGAGGCAUAUCUUCGUAUGAAGCAGAGCCUCACGGAUCCUAACGAAGGGAACCCGCAGAUGUGGGAUCUGCCAGCAUACCGUGUCGUGGAGAAGAAUUACCAUCACAGGACCGGAGACCGGUGGAAGAUCUAUCCGACAUAUGAUUUCACUCAUUGUCUAUGCGACGCCUUCGAGGGAAUCACACACUCGAUGUGCACAACCGAAUUCCAGCAAUCAAGAGUAUCUUACGAUUGGCUGUUGGAGAAGCUGGACUUCAAGAUUCCCAAGUCCGAGGAUAAGGGACCGAUGCAAAGAGAAUACGGGCGUCUCAAUGUUGGUGGCACUAUCCUUUCCAAGCGUCGAAUUCUCAUGCUGGUCCACGGCACGACUGUCGAAAAGAAGAACGCGGAUGAUACCGUCGAGAAGAGGGUAAUCCCACCAGCAGUGCGGGGAUGGGACGAUCCUCGUCUAUACACCUUGGUUGCAUUGCGCAGACGAGGAAUCCCAGCUCAGGCGCUGCUUAAGUUUGUGGAGGAGCUGGGUGUCACCGAGGCGCUUACUGAAAUCCAACCCCCCCGGUUAGAGUCAUCUAUCCGCAAACAUCUCGAGCGGACUGUACCCCGCCAGAUGCUUAUCCUCGAUCCGGUCAAAGUCGUCAUUGAAGACGCCACUGCUGAGGACGAGCAAGAGCUUACCGUUCCUUACGACCCCAAGGGCGCCAUUCCAGGAGAGCGCAAAGUCAAGGUGGGCAAGGAGGUUUACAUUGACCGGAGCGACUUCCGAGAAGUAGACGAGCCCGAGUACCGCCGCCUUGCGCCUAACAAGGUUGUCGGCCUGUACAACGUACCUUUCCCCAUUCGAGCAACGUCGUUCUCCAAGGACGAGAAUGGCAAAGUCACGCAGGUCAGGGCGGUCAAGGCUGCUUGGACGACUGAGAAGACGAAGACCCACAUCCAAUGGGUGGACGUUGCCACUGGUAUCCCAGUCACGGCCCGCCAGUACAACUCGCUAUUCAAGAGUGACUCCCCGAAUGCCCUAGACUGGAAGAACGGCGGCUGGGCUGACGACCUCAACCCAGACUCGGAAAUAAUCUUUCCCAAUGCCGUCAUUGAAAGAGGGCUGAAGGAUCUCAUCAAGGAGCGCUCACUCAACAUCAGCGAUUCAUCGGACGCCUUGGUUCGUUUCCAAGCACUUCGCGUGGCGUACUUCUGCGUCGAUGUCGAUUCUACUGAGGAUCGUAUUGUCUUGAACCAGAUCGUCAGUCUGAGGGAGGACAAGGGGAAGUAAGCUUAAGUGGGCUCUUGACAAGCGAGCGGAUCGAUUCCGGUGGUUCUUCCUACGACUUUAGAUAUCCCUGGUGUAGAUUUCCAUCUUCGUCUGUAAUUUGUGGAUAUCCUACAGUAAUAUCUUUUCACCUGA